AUGUGGGUUGAGUUGCUUUGGGUGCUGGGAGAUUGGACAUCUUGCUUGCAAGUGGCUAAAGCUGCAGUAGCGUGUGACUUUUCUUCUUCUUCAAAACGAAUUGAGCUUAACGAUGCCCGGUUAAUGACUACUACAGAAAAACUGCAACUGCUGCGGUCAUUGCGUUCGUCAGUCCAGAAAGAGCAGGCCGUGCCGAACUGCAGUGUACUGGCAAUUGCGGAGCACAUUCUCCAAGAUACCUCUGUUGGUGAUGAACUAAUAAAAAGCCUGCAAAUUUACCUGGAUGCGAUCAAGAGCUGCGAGAACCAGUGGCAUUUGCCGCUUGUGCUCAUGUGUCAAAAGUUUCUUACCAUGUCGUUGCGGGCACGGCGGAAAUCUGUGCUGCGGCAUAGAGAAAUACGAGCAUUAACUACGAGACUUUUGAAUGAAUUUCCGAAUAACACCAUUCUUCUCCAUCUCUUGGUAUCGCAAGAGCAAUAUGCUCGCUUGGAACAGCACGUGCGUCACAUCAUGGAGGAGCUGGUGCUGUUCGACACACACACUGAUUCAGAGGUCUGUUGGCAACAUGCAUUGGCGGUCGAACUAGCCCAUGCGCGUACAAGCUCUGUGCGGAAUCUAAUAGACCGUGCUUUGCAUGCAUCGCCACAUUCGCAAAGUGUAUGGCACGCUGCACUUGACUUUGAAAUUCGCCUUGCACAAAGUGCCACGUCAACAAGAGUAUCAUCCUCAACAUCAUCAUCGUUGCCCACUUCGAGAAUCAAAGCGCUCGUAUAUCAGGCCCUCCGAUUUUUUCCUUUUGACAAAGCGAUUCUACUGCUUGCUAUGCACCCUGCAUUGCUCCCCGCGUUCACAAUGGAAGAAGCGCAAACCCUCACGAAAUCAGCAGAAGAGUGUCAGUUGCGCAUGUUCUCAGACAUGUCAGAUGACCAAGAAACUGACUUGGCCGAACAAGCCCAGAUCCCACAACUGAAUGUGAAAGAUGCACAGCCCUCUUCCGUGAUGGACCAAAUUGAUGCAUUUCUGCAUGAGGUGAGUGGCGGUGCAUAA